AUGGAGUUCCCAGACGACUUCCUGCUGGCUGAACUGGGCCACCUGCAGCUCUACAACAGCUCACUGUUCCAGAACAACUUAACAGGUGGCUAUAACGAGACCGACGCCUUACUGCCGACGGGGGUGAAGGUCACCAUCGUGGUCGUCUACAUGAUCGUCUGCGUCAUUGGCCUGGUGGGAAACUUCCUGGUCAUGUACGUCAUCAUAAGAUACACCAAGAUGAAAACGGCCACUAACAUCUACAUCUUUAACCUGGCCCUGGCUGACUCUUUGUUCCUGGCUACUUUACCUUUCCAGGGCACUGACGUGUUCCUGGGCUUCUGGCCAUUCGGGAACGCUCUGUGCAAGGCGGUGGUGUCGAUCGACUACUACAACAUGUUCACCAGCACCUUCACCCUGACAGUGAUGAGUAUGGACAGAUACGUGGCCGUCUGCCACCCUGUCAAAGCCCUGGACAUGAGGACCCCUCACAAGGCCAAGGUGGUGAACAUCUGUGUGUGGGUGCUGGCUUCGGCCUUUGGCGUUCCGGCCAUGGUUAUGGGAAAUGUAGAGGAAGAACAAGAGCAUAACAGUGUUGAGUGCAUUGUGGUUUUACCUGAACCAAGGAGUCACUGGGAUCCUGUAUUUGGUACCUGUGUCUUCCUCUUCUCCUUCCUCAUCCCUGUGGCUAUUAUCAGCAUCUGCUACAGCUUGAUGGUCAAGCGCCUGCGCAGUGUUCGCAUCCUGUCCGGCUCCAAGGAAAAGGACCGCAACCUGCGGCGUAUCACCAGGAUGGUCCUGGUUGUGGUGGCAGCUUUCGUCGUAUGUUGGACACCCAUCCAGAUCAUGGUCCUGGCUCAGUCGCUGGGUUUCAACCUGAGUAGCUUGUUCACACUGGUCCUGAUGCACUUCUGCAUCGCGCUGGGCUACGUCAACAGCAGCUUGAAUCCUGUGCUCUAUGCCUUCCUGGAUGAGAACUUUAAGCGCUGCUUCCGCGAGUUCUGCCACCCAUCACCAUUCCGCCUUGACACCCAGCAGUCAGGGAGGAUGAGGAGCAUUGCCAGGGAGGUGGCAGCGGCCUAUAGCUGCAAGGCCGGAGAUGGCGGGGGGCCUGGGGGAGGGACGCCUAAUCCAGCAUGA